AUGGAGUACACCAUCCGCUGCGACGUCGAGAACAUCAACAUCGAGACGCUGACGCAGGAGUUCAAGACCGAGAACUGCGUGUACCCGCGCGCCUGCUGCAGCAAGGACCAGUACCGCGGCAACCGCCUGGUGUACGAGACCGAGUGCAACGCCGUCGGCUGGGCCCUGGCCGAGCUCAACCCGUGUCUGCGCGGCAAGCGCGGCCUCAUCCAGCGCGCCGUCGACAGCUGGCGCAACAGCAACCAGGACCCGCGCCUGCGCAGCCGCCGCGUGCGCCGCAUGGCCAAGCUCAACAACCGCAAGGCCGUCUCGUCCGCCCAGCACCCCGGCGCUGCUGCCGCCGCUGCCGCCGCCGCUGCUGCCCAUCUGGCCGGCCCCGGCACCCCCGUUACCGCCAAUACCUCGCUGGCUGCCCCCGGCGCGCUCACCCUCGGCGGCGCCCAGCUGCACCACCACCACGCCCACCCAGACGGAGGCCCCGACGAUGUGAGCGGCAAUCAUGAUUAUACGAACGGGGCUCAUCGCCCAUCCACCGCCACGACCUCGUUCGGCACGCCCACAGACAUGCGCCCCGCCCACAUCUUCCAUGGCUAUCCCUCGUAUCCGUCUUCGAACGCCGCCACCAGCGGCCCCUCCAUGGCUCCGCCGCUGCGCGACACCAGCCUCGACCACUACCCCAAGGGCGCAACCGGCGUGGCCUCGUCGCUCUCCUCGUCCUCGGCCUCGGCCUCCAGCAACAAAUUCACCGGCGGCGGCGGCAGCAGCAGCAGCAUCAGCAGCGUCAGCCACGACCACAACCCCAAUGAAGACCACAGCCCCGAGACCUCGGCGCUGUUCGGCGACCUGCCCGAGGGCCGGCGGCGCAAGUUCAUCCUGGUCGAGGACCCGCAGCGCGGCUGCCGCGUGCGCGUCAAGGUCAUGCUCGACCAGGUCGACAUGAAGGAGAUCCCGGACUCGUACCGCAAGUCCAACUCGGUCUUCCCGCGCACCUACUUCCCCGUGCACGGCCCAUUUGGCCCGCCCGGUCGCGGCCGGCGCUUCGCCGACAGCAACGCGGAGGUCGAGGGCGAUAGUAGUGCUGACGGCAACGGCGGCGACGACGAGGAGGGCGCCGCCACGCUGGGUCGCACCGUGGUGCCGGUGCCCAUGCUGGACGGCGACGGCAGCGUGGCCGUGCCGCGCAUCGCGAAGCGCAAGCGCGACAAGGAGGUGCUGCUGAACGAUCUGGGGUAUCGCAUGAGUUGGGGCCAGAGCCGGGUGUUCUCUGGCCGGACGUUGUUUCUGCAGCGAGCGUUGGACGCCUACCGCAAUAAAAUGCGCAACUCCAUGCUCACCGCCGGCCAGGAGCCCACCAGCAUCGCGUCGCACUUCGAGACCCGCGCCGGCAAGCGCCGCUGGCUGGACCGCUCCAAGCGCGACGACAGCCACAAUAAGUCGCGCUCGCCCGCCGCCGUCGAGACGUCCAGCUCGGCGCGCCACGCCGACGAGGUGCAGCCGUGA